UGUGGCAAUGGUAAAUGUAUUAAUAAUCAAAUAAUAAAAGCGCCCUCUUCGGGAGCUUCAAUGCAAUUUUAUAGAGAAAACGUGAAGUUCACCAACAAUGUCUUCUAAGGACCAUAGUCUCUGUCUCUUUGCUCUCUUCGUCUUCUACUUCUUCGUCUCUUCAGGGUUCCUGUCUGUGUCGUCUUUGCCUUCGGACAUCAAUCUCGAACCCGCCAUUAGAGUCAGAGGAAUCAACCGGAGAGGAGGAGGUCCGUACAUCGGCCUCGUGACCGUCAUCGAAACCGAGGAAGACGCGUUUUUGGGCAGUGUGGAUUUCAGACCCGACCCUUUUCGCCCUUUUGUCGAUCUCUCUGGACGACGUUUUCGGAUCGGGAAGAUUCACGGGAAGAACGUGGUGUACGUGAGAUGCGGGAUCGGAUUGGUUAACGCAGCAAUGGCGACGCAGCAGAUGAUAGAUGCGUUUAGGGUCAAAGGAAUCGUACAUUUUGGAAUCGCUGGGAAUCUGAACAACUCAAUGUCCAUUGGAGAUGUCACCAUCCCCAAGCAAAUUGCGAGCGUCGGUUUGUGGGAUUGGUUGAAUCCAGGCAAGACAGAUGGAGGUCAAGAUGUUGCGUUCCUAGACAUUGGGAGCUACAGUGUCCCCCAAGGAGAUGGGAGCGUUAAUGAGUUAGGAACCAUCAGAUACAAUUACGAGGAACUGUAUUCAAAAUCAGGCAAAACUAACACUCCUCAAAAAAAAUUUUGGAUCAACACAAAUUCACAAUGGCUUCAUCUUGCUUCCGAUCUCGAGGGAAUGGAGCUGUUGCAGUGCGUGAAUUCGAGUUUGUGUCUCCCCCAGAAGCCCAAACUUGUCGUCGGGUUAAAGGGCGCAACGGCUAACGUAUUCGUGGACAAUGCGGCUUAUAGAAAUUUUCUGUAUAACACAUUCGAGGUUUCGUCAUCUGACAUGGAGAGUUCAGCCGUCAUGAUGACGUGCGCGUCGAACGGAUACCCUGUCAUCGUCAUUCGUGGGUUGUCGGAUUUAGCCGGAGCUCAGUCGGGAGAUAACACGGUUCGAAAGUUUGGGUCUUUAGCUGCCACGAACACCGCAAGAGCCGUGCUGGGAUUUAUCAAGAAGCUGUGAAUUCAAAGUUUAUAAGUUCGAUACUCGGUCUAGGAAGAUAAUUCUAAAUCAAAAAUGUAUUAUUUUGAUGGCUUGUGUUUUGUAAUUUGUGAUUUGUAAGAGGAACAAAACAUCAAAGUUGCUUGUUA